CUGAGAGAGGUUUGCCUGGCAGGCUUAUCGCAGGGAAAAAACACCCAAUGAAUUGACGGGGACCCUCAUAUUAGCAUUAGCGCUGUUUAUUUGGUAGCUUCUUUAUUCUCUUGACAGUGCCUUAACACACCAGCUCCUCGCUCUCCCCGGACCAUGGCAGCCGUGCUACAGCGCCCCCACGCGGCUGUGGCCUGUCUGCUCUUGCACUACUUGACCUGUGGCCUGUCCAUACCAGACCCCAGGCAGAGAGAAGCCCUUAUACAGCUGGAGUCCUCCAUGCAGACCGGUGGGCAGACGGUGUUGACUGAUGCUGAGCAGCGGCUGGACGCUCUUCUGUUUAAAAUGAAGCAGGAGGAGGUAGUGAGAGCAGACUUUCCUCCCGCCAUGCACUUCUUCAAGGCCAGGCCACUUAUCAGGACCAGUCCCAUCUUCGGCCUGCUCCAGAAGAUGCCUAAAGCGGGAGCUCUCCACGUCCACGACUUCUCCAUGGUAGAUGUGGAGUGGCUCGUGAGGAAUGUGACAUAUCGACCCCACUGCUACAUGUGCUUCACUGACAACCAGUCCAUCAGAUUCAUCUUCUCGUCCCGAUGGCCGAAAGGUCUGCCACAUUGCUCUUCCUGGGUCCUGCUGGAAAACCUCAGGGCCAAGAUGGUCAACACCACAGAUCUGGACAACAGCAUCAUGGGCAACCUGACACUGUUCACGGAUCAGGAUCCAGAAACGGUGUACCCCAGUCAGGAUGUGGUAUGGGAUAGGUUUGAACAGGCCUUCCUUGCAGUAUGGGGUCUGGUCACAUACGCUCCUGUGUUCAGAGACUAUUUCUACCAAGGCCUGACCCAGUUCUACAUGGACAACGUCAUGUAUCUGGAACUGCGGGCUUUACUCCCAGAGAUAUACGAGUUGGACGGCAGCACUCAUGGCACAGCCUGGACUCUAAAGACCUACCAAGAGGUCACCAGACAGUUCACAGCAGAGCACCCAGACUUCUUUGGAACAAGAAUCAUCUUCACAGUCCAUAGGGGAGUAAAUACGUCCACGAUGACCGGAGCUGUGGAGGAGGCUAUGAAGCUACACAGGAACUUCCCAGAUAUCAUGGCUGGUUUUGACCUGGUAGGCCGCGAGGACAGAGGCAAACCCCUGUGGUACUUCAGAGAUGCCUUGUCGCUGCCAGAAGAGAGAGGGGUGAUGCUCCCCUUCUUCUUCCAUGCGGGGGAGACUGAUCUUGAGGGCACGGAGGUGGACCAGAACUUGUUGGAUGCUCUUUUGUUUAACACUUCUCGUAUUGGCCACGGAUUUGCUCUGCUUCGUCACCCAGUGGCCAAAGGUCUGUCUAAGAAGAGAGGGGUGGCUGUGGAAGUGUGCCCCAUCUCCAACCAGGUGUUGAAGCUUGUUAAUGAUAUGCGAAACCAUCCGGCAGCUGCACUGAUAUCAGAGAACCACCCAGUGGUCAUCAGUUCUGAUGACCCUGCCAUGUUCGGUGCCUCUGGACUCACUUAUGACUUCUAUGAAGCUUUUGUGGGUUUUGGUGGGAUUAGAUCGCAUAUAGGCUCCAUCAAAGAGCUGGCCAUAAACUCCAUUAGGUAUAGUUCUUUGACUCCAAAACAACAGGAGAAAGCCCUGGCUCUGUGGAAGAGAAGUUGGGAUAAGUUUGUCUCUGAAAAUGCUCUUUAGAAAGAAACCAGCAAUCUUUAAAUGCUUUCACGCAUCCUUUGAGAAGGGGACGCCUUUAAGCAUAGGUACAUUAUAAAUGAGAGAACUGCAUAUAGAACCAAGUUCUAUCUGCUGUGAAAAAGUCCUUGUUUCAUGUUGCCUCAAAGUGAAACAGGUCUGAGCCAUGGCCCAUAAAAAUAGGGCGAUUACUUGAACUACACAUAAGAAACAGCUUCAGUCAAAAGCACAUUGUAAUUUCUAGUUUUAUUAAGGAUUUUGUAUAUAUUUGCACUUUAAGAUUCAGGUUUACCAGUGUUUUGGAGUAAGUAACAGUUCCAGACAUAGUUGUUCAAUUUCUCUUUGUAGUGUGUUUAUGUUUUGUAAGAGUGUUACAGGUAGUUAGUUAAAAUGGAAGAAGGCCGUAGUAGACCGCUUUAUAGUCCUUACUUGAAAGUAAUUUUUCAGAUGUUUUGUUGUCAUAAAUAUGUAAGAAGGCAGAGUUAACCUUUGCUCAUUUAGGCACAUUUGAUGUGAUCUAUGAAAAAUAAGAAACAAAAGAAAGUAUGUAAUUUCUGCCUUUUAAGCAAUAGCCAAGAUUCAUAUGAACAAUUGUCAGCGUCAUCCAGACAUGUAAAUGUUGUGAACUACAUUAAAGGACAAGUGCUGAUUCA